AUGCCGAUUCAAAGUUAUGGCGUCACAGUCCUGGCUGUCUUCGCCAUUACCGGUGUUAUCCUCGUUACAGUGAGCGUCAUCUACGGAAUCGGAUCCCACGAAAACGUUCUCUCCGAAAGCGAUAAAGUCAAGGCUCUCAAGUGGGGAUGGAUAAACCAAAUGCUUGGCCGUCUCGCGACAGCCUUCGGAAAAUUGGCGAUUGUCGCCUUUUUACAGCAGAUACAUGGCCCAGAACAUCGCGAAUGGGUGGCUGGAUUGUGGAUCCUUGCUAUGAGCAAUCUGAUCGUCAAUGCCAUCACGGUCGGCAUGGUCUUGACUCAGUGUACGCCUCUGGAAAAAUUAUGGGACUUUUCACUGCCGGGCACUUGUGGCGGGCUAGGGCGCAAUGAACAUAUUGCGUAUUUUCAAGGAAGCUGGUCAGCCUUCUGUGACCUAGCUCUGGCGCUUUAUCCCAUCGUCUUUCUAUGGACUGUGAGACUUCAGAUGCGAGUCAAAAUUGGUCUCUGUGCCUUGAUGGGAGUGGGCGUGAUUGCUUGCGUAUGUUCAAUUCUAAAGACAACCUUGGGACUGACAGCCCUGGGCGAUGGAGAGGAUUUGACAUACAACAUUGCCCGUCUGAUUAUCUGGAACAAAACCGAGAAAUGGGCCGUUAUUAUUGUCGGUUGUAUACCACCAAUCCGGCCUCUUUUCAUCGCAUUAUUCCACAAGGUCGCAAUCUCUACCAAAUCAAGAUCGGGUCAAACGAACGGAAAUGGCAGGUCGACAGAGUUGCACUCCUUCUCGCAAAACUCUAAGGCUGCCCCACGCGUGCGUCAUAUGUCGCCAGCGCUGUCUAGCGCAAAUGAAAGCGAGGAAAAUAUACUCGCCAUGGAAGACGGCGCAAUUAUGAAGACUACGGAUAUUAGUCUGACUUAUGAGAAUGGCGAAGCCCAUCAUGAACCUUCACCUUCAGAACAUGGCGGAUAUGUCGUGCCCUCCGAACGGAUAUAG